UUUCAGCUGUUGACAGGCUUGACUUGUUGAGAACACUGGUUAAAUAUAACUCAGGGGAACUGAUUUCUGCAUAGCCACCAGUGUCACAGUAUCUGAGGGCUGUAUCAACACCGGCAGAGGAAACACAGCAGUGAGACAUUAAACAGGAGAGCCACAGACUUCAUUGUCCAAACACUAACAGUUUCUAAUCUGGAGCCCAUGUGGACCUUUUAUGGUGGCCAGUUUGUCUGAAAGAAGAAACAUACUGUCAUCCUGUUCUUCAUUUUUCCUGCAUGAUCUCAGCAGAUGGUGGGUCAAGAGCAUUAAGGAACUCAUCUUCAUCUGUUCUAUACUGUGGAAAUGUUUGCUUGAUCUAUUAGAUUAUGGAACAAUCAUAUCUCUAGCCACUGACCUUGUGUGCCCUAUUAAAUCUGUUCUGUGCCUCGAUAGCACCAAUCUCAGGUUGGGAUGAGGUCUCGUAGCAGUGGAGAAUCUCCAUCCCAUGGACGUACAUCCAGCGAUAACAGCCAUGAAGAUGAGGAAAGCACUUUUAUAGGCAGCAAAAAGAAGAAGAAAACUCACCGUCAAAAUACUGGAGAGAAGUUAGUGGGGAUGUCAAGGCCUGUAAAGAAGCAGCAGAAAUCUUUUGAAGAAAGUGAGCAAAGAAAGAAGUUACUGGAGCUCUCCAAAGAUGACCUACUGCGUUUGCUCAGUGUAAUGGAAGGUGAAAUAGAGGCGCGAGAGGAUGUUAUUCACUUGCUGAAGUCGAACAAGAUUAAUCCAGAGUCUCUGGAGGCAUACUAUGGUCUGGCUGCUCCUGAAAAGAUUCUGCAGACAUUGUACAGGGAUGCCAGUCAAGCCCAGGAAAAGAAGCCAGGGGAAGAUGUUUAUGAGAAGCCAAUGGCAGAGUUGGAUUUGCUGGUGGAGAAGCACAGAGAGACAUAUCGGCAUAUGUUGGAGCAAUUACUUCUGGCUGAAAAGUGUCACAGGCAUACUGUGUAUGAAUUGGAAAAUGAAAAACACAAGCACACAGAUUACAUGAACAAGAGUGAUGACUUCACCAACCUCCUUGAGCAGGAUCGAGAGAGAUUGAAGAAAUUACUUGAACAAGAAAAAUCCUACCAGGCUCGGAAGGAGAAGGAGAAUAACAAGCGACUAGGCAAAGUACAAGAGGAGCUGGGAAAGUUGAAAUCAUUUGCACUGAUGCUGGUGGACGAACGACAGAUUCACAUUGAACAGCUUGGCCAGCAAGCACAGAAGGUGCAGGAGCUUGUGCAGAAACUCCAGGAGGAGGAAGAGAGAUUCCGAAACCUUGACGAGAGAGCAAGGGAGGAGGCUCAGAAAGUAAUCCAGCUUGAGGCAGAACUUGGGCACAAGUCUGCCAAGUCUUUGCAAGAGCAUGAUGAAAUGACGGCCAAACUAGCCACCCAAGAAUCUCAGAACCGCCAGUUACGGCAAAAGCUGUCCGGUCUGAACCGCCGACUUGAAGAGCUGGAGGAAGCCAACAAAAGUCUACAGAAAGCUGAGGAGGAGCUUCAGGAAUUGCGGGUUAAAAUUAGCCAUGGGGAGUGUGGCAAUUCCAGCCUCAUGGCUGAGGUGGAAAACCUGAGGAAGCGGAUACUUGAGAUGGAGGGUAAGGAUGAGGAGAUAACUAAGGCAGAAGAUCAGGGCAAAGAUUUGAAGAAAAGAUUGAAAGAGGAAGAACUCCAGAGUAGGAACUUGAAACUGGAAGUGGAAAAACUGCAGAAAAGAAUGGUUGAUCUAGAAAAACUGGAAGGUGCUUUUAAUAAAAGCAAAUCAGAAUGUUCCCAACUGCAUGUUAGUUUGGAUAAAGAGAAGAACCUGACCAAAGACUUGAUCAAUGAGUUAGAAUUGGUGAAAGGCCGAGUGAAAGAACUCGAAUCGUCAGAAGCUAGACUGGGGAAAAGUGAAUUCAUCUUGAAAGAUGACUUGACCAAGUUGAAGUCUUUUACUGUGAUGUUGGUGGAUGAGAGGAGAGGUGUGGCAGACAAGUUAAAUCAGGAAGAGCAAAAAGUUAAUGACCUUAAUAACAAGCUGAAGCAGGAACAAAGUAAAACAACACAGGUAACAGAGAAGCUGAUAGAAGAGAGCAAGAAGCUUCUGAAAUUGAAAUCGGAGAUGGAGGAGAAAGUAUCCACUCUUCUGAAUGAAAGGGAUGAACUGAAGGUGAAACUCAAAGACGAACAGCUAAAGUCAAAUGAUCUGAACUUUAGAGUUGGUUUGUUGAAGAAGAGGCUUGACCGUGUAGAAGAGGUGGAAAGUGAUGCACUUCGAAAUAAAGCCAAGAAAGAACUUGAAAAACUUUCAGGAGAUGCUCGGCUGGACGAUAACAAAAUUAAAGAGCUCACACUGGAAAUAGAGCAAUUGAAGUCUCGACUGAAGCAGUUGGAGGUGGUUGAAGGUGACCUGAUGAAGACUGAGGAUGAGUAUGACCAGCUUGAGCGCAAGUUCAAGAACGAACAAGACAAGGCAAACCUCCUAAGCCAACAGCUGGAAGAAAUCAAAAAGCAGAUGACCAAAGGCAAGGCAAUGGAGAAAAGUGAAAGCCUGAGCCAGGAGGCUGAGGCUCUGAAUCGGUUGCAAGUUGAAGAGGCUAAAACUCGAGAGCUGGUCGCAGAGGUCCAGGCACUGAAGGAGAAAAUUCAUGAACUGAUGAACAAGGAAGACCAGCUUUCCCAGCUGCAGGCUGAUUAUUCAGUUCUCCGGAAAAAAUUCCAACAAGAAGAAAGCAAAAACAAAGACAUGGACCAAGAGCUUGUGAGCUUGGCAAAGGAGCUGGAGCUGUCUAAACGGUACAGUCGGGCACUCAGGCCAUGCAUGAAUGGUAGAAGAAUGAUGGAUAUCCCAGUGACAUCCACUGCUAUACAGACCGACGGCCCAACCAAUGGCAUGGGAGAGGAAGACAAUCCCGCUGUAUUUAUACGGAAAUCCGUACAAGAAGAAAACCAUCUGAUGAGCAAUCUCCGGCAAGGGGGGCUUAAGAAGCCCCUGGAGCGACCCUCUGUGUUGGAGCGGUAUCCACCAGCUGCAAAUGAGUUAAAUCUUAGGAGAUCCUGGAUUCCCUGGAUGAAGAAGAAGGAAAACGGACAACACAAUGGGCCUGAGAAACCUACCCAAGCAAAUGGUAAUCCCAGCCGAGCUCGGGAGGUGAUACUGUCACAGAAACAGGGACAGCCCCUACAUAUUCGGGUCACUCCCGACCAUGGGAAUAGCACAGCCACUCUCGAAAUCACCAGCCCAUCUACCGAAGACUUCUUCUCCAAUACCACUGUCAUUCCCACCCUGGGACACCAGAAACCUCGAAUCACUAUCCUCCCUACACCUGUUGUGGCAUCCCCGAAGAACAAAGUCUCUGAAAAUUCCUUGUCCCCAGAACGUGCAGCCUCACCUGUUACAAUCACCACAUUUUCCAGAGCAAAAUCCCCUCCAGAGAGAGGUAAGGCUGCUUUCCUGGAUAGAUGUGCCUCCCCGGAAAGAUCUGCCUCCCCCAUUCAUAUUAUGACUGUGUCCACAUCGGCAGCCCCCGACCGUUCAGUAUCUCCAGAAUCCCAGGAUCUAGCUAUGGGGCGAGCAGUCUUCAAAGUUACUCCUGAGAAACAAACGGCGCCAUCGCCAACGAGAAAGUAUAGUCCAAAUGCAAACAUCAUAACGACCGAAGAUAACAAAAUUCACAUCCACCUGGGCAGCCAGUUUAAAAGGCCAGGGAGCAGCUACACUGAGGAAGCCAGUUCUUUGAUAACUGUUCGGCCUUUGUCUGUUACUGGCGAGAACAAAGAAAUAACAAUGGGAACUGUUCUACGCUGUCCUCGUAAUUGCAGCCCCCCGAAAAACUCACCAAACAAAAUGACCAGCAGCAUCACUAUAACUCCAGCCAGUACUACGUCCACAAAAACUACACAGUCAGUGGCAGCACAGGAGGGGUCAGCACAGCGGCCCACACCUACCCGCAUCCCCAUGUCAAAAGGUAUGAAAGCAGGAAAACCAGUCGUGCCAGCCGUUGGAGCAGGAGGUGUGGCAAAAUAUGAAUCUCGUGCUGAGAGCCAAUUAAUGAGAAUUGAACUGAAGAAGUCUCCAGUCAGCAGUUCUGCCUCUUCAGCUGGGGGGAAGGGCUGAGGAUGGAGAUCUUGGGGAGAGCGUAGUCAUUCAUCCGGUGCAGAUGACAUCAGCAUGAUGGCCCUCUAACUGAUGGGAGUGUCCCGUUGCUGCCUGCGAUUUUAUUGCACUGCAUUUCUGCUGGCUGAAUGAAGCAUUGCCCUAGGUUGCACCCUCCAAGGCUCUGACUCUAGUCUUGUACGCUACUGACCACUGAAAGACACUGUAAUCAUAACUUGUAUAUUUUUUGAAGAAAUUCAAGAUUUUAUUAUGGGUUUUACAUGAUGCAUAUAGAACUAAUCCAUCAUUUCUCCCCUAUAGUGAGAAAAGAGGAACAGAGGCACUGUGUCAAGGUUUGCCUCAAUAGAUUAGUUCCAUUAAGGGGGAAGUUUAUUUUAAAAAAAAGUCCUCUUAAUUUGUACAUGGCAAAUGGUGCCAUAGGCUGAUGUCAUCACGACACAUUGAUCCAUUCUUCUCCCUCUAGGGUAGGCAUAACAGUGCCACUUUAAAACACAUAUACAGGAAUAAAUAGCAGAUCUGUUAAUCUGAUCUAACCACAUUCAGAAGCCAUGAAAAUUAUUUUCUACAUAAAUUGAACCAUAAUUUACCUUUUUAAUUCAGGCAUUCAAUGUGAAUCAUUUUGAUUCAGCAACGAAACUUUAGUCUCAACCUAAAAAAAAAUGUUCUUUUUCCCCUUAAAUUCUGGAAUUCCUUUUUGAAUUUGAAAUUUUAGAACAAGAUAGUUGAUUUUAAGGACUUCUUUUUUUAAAAAAACCUAUUUCCUAGUUCGUAGUGGUGAUUCUGGACUUGAAAUUGUGGUCAGAUUAGCUAGGUUGGCACUGUCCUGCCUGGUUUUGUUCCUCUAACAGAGUUAUACUGAAAAGUUAUCUACCAGUGUGUUGAGAUUAGUCAUUAUGACAGCCAGUUUUAAAAUGACAUAAGUGUCCCUUGUUCUCCAAGCCAUGGUGCUGCCUUAUCUUGAGGAAUUAUUUAUGAAUAUGUUGCACAUCUUACACUCUGGUUUUAAAAAUCUACAAUACACUGUCUGAUUGCAAGUGCAAUUCCAAGUUUUAAAAAAUUAAAGCCUGUAUAUUUAAUUCA